GGGCCAGCCUGCCUCCUCCUACCCCUCCUCUUCACUGGUCCCAGUUCAUUCAGAAGCAAGGGAACAAGGCUGAUCACACUUCCAAGAAUGGAAAACUCAAGUAUCAGUGUAAUGGAUUUAUCUAACUCUUCCCUGUGGAACUUUGAAAGCUCUUCUUUGGAGAUGGCAACCACUGAUACUAUAGCAGAUGAAAGGACAGAACCCAACAGCAUGGCAGUGAUGCUUCAGAGAGCUCUAGCUGAACCAUUAGCCACUUCUGCUCCAUUCUGGGAUAGCCCACUGAACCAUUUCUUGAGUGUGUUUGUUGGGGUGGCUCUGUGUGUCACCAUGUUGGGCCUGGGCUGUACAGUGGAGGUCAGCCAGAUAGGAGAACAUCUCAGAAGACCCAUUGGAGCCCUACUAGCACUCAUCUGUCAGUUUGUUCUCAUGCCACUGGUGGCUUUUCUGUUGGCUCUGAUCUUUUCUCUCAAUGAAGUUGCUGCUAUUGCUGUACUACUGUGUGGCUGCUGUCCUGGCGGAAACCUCUCCAACAUCAUGUCACUUCUGGUGAAUGGAGAUAUGAAUCUCAGCAUCAUCAUGACAACGUCCUCUACAAUUCUAGCUUUGAUAUUAAUGCCACUGUGCCUGUGGAUCUACAGCAGGCCCUGGAUUAACACAACACUGGUCCAAUUUCUUCCAUUUGGAGCCAUGAGCCUGACCCUUUGUAGCACUCUUCUGCCUAUUGGCCUAGGGGUUUUUAUACGUUAUCGGUACAAUAGGAUUGCUGAUGUUGUGCUUAAGGUCUCUCUCUGGUCUCUGCUGGUUACUCUGCUUCUCUUGUUCAUCCUUACUGGAGCCAUGUUGGGCCCGGAACUACUGGCUACAAUUCCACCCGCUGUGUAUAUCGUGGCAGUGAUUAUGCCUUUGAUAGGCUAUGCCAUGGGAUAUGGCUUAGCCACUUUAUUCAAUCUGCCUCCUAAUUGUAGGAGAACUGUGUCUCUGGAGACCGGCUGUCAGAAUGUCCAGCUGUGCACAGCCCUCCUAAAACUGGCCUUCCCUGCUCAUCUAAUAGGCAGUAUGUACAUGUUCCCAUUACUGUACGCUCUAUUCCAAGCUGCAGAGGCUGGUAUUUAUGUCUUGGUCUACAAACUCUAUAGGAAGGAUGUUCUCCAUAAACCUGAGCCAUCUGAAGAUGAAGACACAGAUAUCUCAUAUAAAAAAACUGAAAGAGGAAGAGAUCCCUGAAAUAUCUUAUGGAACAGUCAACAGUGAAGAGCAAAAUUCUAUGCCAUACCAGCCCACACUGGAACUGCAUUAA